AUGUCAGCUGGAAUUUCAGUGGUCGAGGCAAACCUGACGACGCUAUGGCUGGGAACCAUGCUCUACGCAAUAUUCCUCUUGCUCGCUGUAUCGUCUAGUUUUUUUAUCAUGCACCGUCAAGUGUAUCUUGUGCCGCGGAGACCUGGAUCCAAGACAUUGUCGGUGUUACAGUCACCCAUGAUCAUGGGGGUAUUGCUCUUACUCUUGGGUAAUACUGCACAUUGGAUCAUCACUGUAGUGCGAUCGUAUCAGGCCUUUGUGUACUAUGAAGGAGGAACAAAGCCAAUGCAGUUCUACCUGGAUCAACCGCAGCCCUCGAUGGUCACAUUGACCGGUGUGUUGGUGUUCUGUAUGGUAGUUGGCGAUGCCAUGCUCAUUUAUCGUACAUGGGUCGUUUGGAGCUACAACACUUAUGUGAUCAUUUUCCCUGCAAUUUCCGUUCUUGGAUUUACUACUGGCGGUAUUGGCGUCACAUACGAGUUCACUCGUUUCCCCCCAUUUACAAGUAUCUAUGAUACCACCGCCGAUGGAUGGGUCAUAGCGGAUGUGAUAUGCACCCUCUGCAUCAAUGUUUAUUGUACUGCGGUGAUCACUUGGAAGAUCUGGGGAGUGCACAACAAAAGCAGGGAAUUCUAUAGAGUACCAAACCUAAGCGGCGUGUUAGUGGUGAUGAUAGAAAGCGCAGCCCUGUACACAACUUGGGCGCUUUUCUACUUUGCAUCAUUUCAAGCCAAAUCAGAGCUUCAAAACGUAGCCGCCGAGACGAUGCCUGCAAUUGGCGGCAUCUCUCUGAUGCUCAUCAAUGUUCGGGCCCUCAUAGGCUGGGUGCGUGGCGCGACGGGGCAUGAAACCACCACUCCCUCCAGCCUUGAGUUCAAAACGGACACGUAUGCGCAGGAUGCAGGAUCACCACCCAUGCCGGUGCGGGUAGAAGUUCGACGACCCACGACGACGGAGAACACCCUGAACGACCGUGAACCGACGAAGAUGUUUAGGGGCGGGUUUGAAUAUAUAUAG